GGUGUUGUAAUUACGUCCACGAUUCUCCCGGCACUAGAGAGAGGCAGAGAAUACAGGAGGGAAAGAGAGAAAGAGGUAUAAUUACCAAAGAAAAGCAGGAGAGAGAUAGUGAGAGAGAGAGAGAGAGUUCUGUGACCCUGCCCACUAGUACAAAGCCAUUCAACUCAGCCGGAGAGAGCGCACACCAGCAGAACUCCAGACGGAUCUAUCUCUGAGUGUGUGUGUGUUUCUGUAUGCGUGUGUUUGUGUGCAUGCACGCUUAUGUGUUUUGUGUCUAAACCGGAGAACGAGAGAGGAGCCCGACCAGGACACCUUCUGUUCUUCAGCUUCCUGUCAUCUCCAGCCUCUCUGUUGCUACCUUCUGAUCCUCCAGGGCUGGUUCCCAUACUGGAGUACAGCCUCAAAGGGACAGCUUCUUCUUCUUCUCCAACACUUCGGUGUCUCCAGAAGGACCCGAGCCCAAUCCCAGAGCCUCGGCUGAAGACUUGAGAAGGGAUUUCCGUAUUUUGUUCCUCCAGAAACCUCAAACGGACAAGAACUUCUUUCUUCUCUUGACUUUCUCUUGCACAUUUUAUCGGUAUUCCCUUCUUUUUCUUUGGCAUUUUGCAUUUUGCUUUCUUUGCCAUCAUGACACUCCUCACACACCUGGCGCACGUGUCCAAGCGGGCCCUGUGCGCUGUUUGUCCAGGUCCCCCCGCCCCCACCUCUCCCCAACUGCUGGGGGGGGUCCUGGUGCUGCUGGUCGCCCUGCAGUCGGCCACCUCCUCCCCCACCCCCGCCGCCGCUGUCGCCGCCGCCGCCGCCGCCGCCGCGUCCCUGGACGUCGAGCCCCCCUGCGGCUCCUGCGCCCUGGCUCAGCUGAAGAACUCCUCCUCCUCCUCCUCUUCCUCGCCCUCCUCCUCCUCGUCUUCCUCGGGCCAGACGGACAUGGUGGAGGCGGUGAAGCGGCACAUCCUCAACAUGCUGCACCUGAGCGCGCGGCCCAACGUGACGCAGCCCGUGCCGCGCGCCGCGCUGCUCAACGCCAUCCGGAAGCUGCAGGUGGGCCGCGUGGCCGAGGACGGCAGCGUGCAGAUCCAGGAGGAGGGGCCACGGCCCGGGGAGACAGAGGGGGGCCCGCUGGAGCCCCCCGCCGAGAUCAUCACCUUCGCCGAGCCAGGUGAUUCCCCAUCCAUGGUGACAUUUGACAUCACCAAGGAGGGCAGCGGCUCCUCUGUGGUGGAGCAGGCCAACGUUUGGGUCUUCCUCAAGCUAGCGCGGGGGAACCGGGCCAAGGGCAAGGUCACCCUCCAGCUGCUCCAGACCCCUCAGCGGGGGGCCGGCGGCGCUGAGAUAGCGGUCUCCGAGAAGGUGGUGGACACCCGGCGCAGCGGCUGGCACACGCUUCCCGUUCCGCGUGCGGUCCAGGCGCUGCUGGACGGCGGCGACAGCGUGCUCCACCUGCGAGUGUCCUGCCCUCUGUGCGCCGACGUCGGGGCCACGCCGCUCCUCGCACCGGCCGACGGCGAGCACGCCAGGGAGCGCGAGCAGUCCCACCGGCCCUUCCUGAUGGUGGUGCUGCGGGAGGUGGAGGAGCCCAGCCACCGGCGAGACAAGCGUGGCCUGGAGUGCGACGGCACCGCCGGCCUGUGCUGCAAGCGGCAGUUCUACGUCAACUUUAAGGACAUCGGCUGGAGCGACUGGAUUAUCGCCCCCCCCGGUUACCACGCCAACUACUGCGAGGGCGACUGUCCGAGUCACGCGGCCUCCAUCACGGGCUCAUCGCUGUCCUUCCACUCCACGGUGAUCAGCCACUACCGCAUGCGGGGCUACGGCCCCUUCCAGAACAUAAAGUCCUGCUGCGUGCCAACGCGGCUACGGCCCAUGUCCAUGCUCUACUACAACGAGGAGCAGAUGAUCAUCAAGAAGGACAUCCAGAACAUGAUUGUGGACGAGUGCGGCUGCUCCUAAGAGUUCCACUGUUUAGUCACUUCAGGCGGACGCUUUUGUCCAAGGCGACUCACAUGCUUCAUGACUUAACAGAUUUCACGAGGGAUGAGGUUGGAGGUAGGUCAGGAUGGCUCGAGGAUGCUUAAGGGUCCGUGGACAUUGGGGAUCGAACAGAGUGCGGGAGUUGUUUCGGCCCAGAGUUGAACACCCUAGCAACAUCACUAUCCUUCCCAGUUUCCUUUAAAACUUUUAGAUAAGCAUGGACAGUGGACAAUACCGUCAUUCCCACGCAUAAAUAGAAGUGUUGCUCUUCUGCUUACGGACGGCCUGUGCAAGGACUCGAGCCUGAAGCGCCUGCCAGAACAGCUCGGUCCUCAUUGAUAAAUAAAAAUAUCUAUUUUUGUUUAGUUAUGAAUGAACGUGUGGUCAUUCACAUGCAAUGACAUUCCCAUGCGAUGCCAUUUCAAAGCGAUGCCAUUCCCAUGCGAUGCCGUUCCCAUGCAACAUAGUUCCCAUGCAAUGGGAAUUUCUGCGCUGCAUUUGGAAUGCAUGAAAGACUGGAGAAUUCUAUGCAACACAAGUGUGAAUCUAAUGUCAAUCUUUUGUUGUGUUUGGCUAAUUGUUAUCGUUUUUUGUACAUAAUGCGUUUACGGUGCGUUUCAAGGGGUCCUUUUUGAUACAUAGUGUUUUGGAAGGUUAAAAGUGUAUAUAAUCUCUGUUGGUAAGAGAUACUUGACAGAAUUAUGUGUGAUCAGGUAUUGGAGCCAAACACCCAGAGCAAACAUUUAUUAUUCAUAUUGUUAUUAAUAUUAUUAUCAUUGUUAUUAUUGUUGUAAAAAUGUUGACGUUUGCACUUUCAAAAAUGCUAUUUUUUAAGUCACAGAUUCAGCCUGCACUUCGAAAAUUGCAUCAUUCCAAUUAAUAUGAAGGCUAUUGAAAGAAAUUGCCAAAGAUAGAUGGCUGUUCCAUUUUUGACGGUUUCUCCAGUGCUAACAUGGCUUAGAUGGUCUCCCAAUGAGGCUACAACCUUCAUCCAAGUCAAUUUAGGUGAACUCACUUUUCGAUAACGACCUCAAAGGUCUAACCUUAAUGCAUUAUAAAGUGCUUCAACCACAGCCCAUGAACUAAACACGGUUUAAGGCUUCGUGUAACAAAUGACUUUGUGUUUUUUGUUGUUUUAUAAUUUAUUUACCGUCUAUUAAUCAUUUUCAUAUGGUUCUCCCAUGAUGUCAAGUAACACUAGACAGACUCUCACACAACCGAAACCUGUUUAACUUUUCACAGAAACGAUUUAGUAUUUCCAUCAACACAUAAUGACAGACGUGUGAAAUCUUUACUGGCAUGAACGUUUAAAAGAAUAAA